CUCACGGCGUGACCAAAAAUCUAAAAUACUCAAAGUCAGCAGUCGGCUAUCAACCAAAACAAAACAAAGAAUCAUAAAAAAAAUAAAAAAAAAGAUGGGAAUAGUAGAGGAAGCUCACAACGUGAAAGUGUUGGGUUCAGGAGACAAGUUCAUAAUCCUGGCUCAUGGAUUUGGCACCGAUCAAUCUGUGUGGAAACACUUCAUCCCUCAUCUGCUUGAUGAUUAUCGCGUCAUUCUCUACGAUAACAUGGGUGCAGGUACCACUAACCCUGAUUACUUCGACUUUGAAAGACACUCCAGCUUGGAAGGCUAUGCCUACGAUUUGCUUGCGAUUCUUGAAGAACUUUCUGUUCAUUCUUGCAUCUUUGUUGGCCACUCCGUUUCCGCUAUGAUUGGCGCUGUUGCUUCUAUUGCUCGCCCCGAUCUCUUCUCUAAGCUCAUCAUGGUCUCUGCUUCCCCUAGGUACUUAAACGAUGUGAAUUACUACGGAGGAUUUGAGCAGGAAGAUCUAGACCAAUUGUUCGACGCUAUGUCGGCAAACUACAAAGCAUGGUGCAACGGUUUUGCGCCGCUGGCAGUCGGCGGAGAUAUGGAGUCCGUGGCGGUGCAGGCGCUUGUUGUGUCACGCACCAUUUUCCAAAGCGAUAUGAGGCAGAUCUUGGUACACGUCACCGUGCCGUGCCACAUCUUGCAGAGCAAGAAGGACAUGGCGGUUCCAGUAGUGGUCUCCGAAUACCUCCACCAAAACCUUGGCGGCAUCUCCGUGGUCGAGGUCAUGGCCACUGAUGGCCACUUGCCGCAAUUGAGCUCGCCGGAUAUUGUUAUUCCAGUGCUUCUCAAGCAUAUUCAACAUGAUAUUGUGGUAUGAAUUAUAUUAAGGAAUUGAAGAAAGUUAGUUGGCAGUGAUGUCAAUGUUUUUAGUUAAAAACAACGAAAAUGUUAGAAUCCAUAAUAUGUCGCCAUCUAGAUUUAGAUUGAGAAAAUGUUAAUGGGAGAAUUAAUUAAUCUGUAGCUUUAUUUUGGUUGUCUUGGUAGCGUGUUUGAUUUCUUAAGGUUAAUUCACCAAGAGCAAUAAUGGCUUAUGAUGGUUGUGUAUUUGUGCAAGUCAUUAUUCUCUCUCCGAGAAACAAAAUCAGAGUAUGUGUACUCUAUCCCCUGUUCUCCUUUGUCUAUAUUAUUGUUUGUUGUCUCAA